UUUACAUACAGAUAUCAUUUGCACUCUCAAACUAUGGCGCCGCAAAAAAAAUUUACUUGGAAGGAACUGAUUUCUUUGAAUAAGGAGGACAAUGCACAUGUUGCGGUUCGCGGAAAGGUAUACGAUGUGAGUAAGUUUCUCAACCGACAUCCUGGUGGGAAAGAUAUGCUACUUAUUGGAGCAGGAAGCGAUGUUACCAUUGUGUUCGAAACUUACCACGCUUUCAGCGACUCGGUUUCGAAGGUUUUGGAAAAAUAUUAUGUUGGAGACCUAAUCUCAGAUGAAUUUCCCACUUUUCCUGAGCGGGGGCCCUUUUACCAAACUGUGAGGGAGCGUGUCAAAAACUACUUCAAGGAGACAAAUCAGGAUCCCAAGUUCUCAGGGUGGAUGUGGUUACGUUACAUUGGAAUUCCAGCUGUUUUACUUCUUAUGUGGAGUGCGCAGAUGUUCUGGCUGUCCCACAACUUUUUCUUGUCAUGCAUUGCUGCUGCUUUCAUGGGAUGGAUGUGUGCUUUGAUUGGAUUGGUGAAUAACCAUGACUCAAGUCACUGUGCUGUGACCAGUCACCCCACACUCUGGAGAGUUGUUGGUCAUGUUCAUGACUUUUUAAAUGGAGCAUCAUUCUAUAUUUGGAUUUAUCAGCAUGUUUUUGGUCAUCACCCAUACACUAACAUUGAUGGUAUGGAUCCUGAUAUUGUUACCUCUGAGGAUGAAGCAGAUAUAAGACGGAUUAAAUGGACUCAAAAGUGGGUACCUCGUUACGUGUAUCAACAUGUCUAUGUGCCUCUUGUUUACUGUUUGCUAGGUCUCAAAACUAGGAUUCAGGAUGUUACUAUAUUAUUCUUCAUAAAGAAAAACGGUGUUAUUCGAAUAAAUCCUCCAUCCAGUUCACAGUUAACUGUAUUUAUUAGUGGCAAGCUGUUCUUCCUUCUGUACAGAGUGGUCAUUCCUUGUUUUUUGCUCUCAAUUUGGAAAGUGAUCGUGCUUUUUAUUAUCGCGGACAUGGUUUCAAGCUAUUGGUUAGCGCUGACGUUUCAAGCAUCCCACGUAGUGAGCGAGGUAGAUGGAGUGGACUUUUGAGUUCGUAGACAGUGGAAUCAACAGCAACAUUUCUUCAACAAAGCAAAGUGGACUAACCCUUAAUGCACCAAGUUUAAAUGUACUUGCCAGUCUGAUUGCAUGUUAAGGCUGGGCUUCUAUCGUCUUUAAGAUACUUUAAUCUUCAUUUUUUUCUUCUAUCAUCUAAAAGAUACUUGAAUUGUCAUUUUUUUGGCAUCGAUGUCUAGAAAAUGCCAUUAAAGGCAUUAUCUAACAUUGUCUAAGCGGAAGAUGACUGAGCUAAGGCGUAGGAAGGCAAUACGGUUGUAGUUGCUGGUUGUCAUUUUCACUUGCCCAGUCGUGUGGUAUUUCGUGUUUUUCAGGU